AUGCAGCUUUUGCUUAUCCUAGUGUUGGGACUGCUAUCCUGCAUAGUCUCUGCUAGUCCUUUGCCCACAAAUGACGAGAAGAGAGAUGAUGAUUCCUACGAAAAGAUAUAUGAGACGGCCGAGGAAAUGUUCCCCGGAGUGUGGUGGCAUUCGGCACGACGGACCUGCAGCGAAGAGCAAUUCAGGGCCUUGUACGACGCGACAUCUAGCGCUAUAGGCUUGAUUAAUGGUAUGGAAGGGGAAGUUUAUGGUGAUGAGGACGUCGGUUUAUCCCCGGCAUGGAAUAAGUUCUUCAUGGACGGGAGAACCUGGCAAGCACAAUAUCCAGAGGAGCUUUCGUCCAUGCUUGGUCUUUAUAACCAGACCAAGUUCUUUAUUGAGAAUGGACGCACUGAGAAGAAGAACAAGGCCAAACGGCAACAUAGACUUGCCUAUGUCUGUGGAGAUGAAACUGGAUACGGCACUUGCGAAAACAAGCCCAAAACCAAAGCCUAUGUUCCCACGAUCCCAACAAAGCUGGAAAACUGUGAGCAAUGCUUUUCAGUCGCUUUCUGCGACCCGUUUUUCAAAUCGAAGCCGGUUGUGGAGAUUAUUGACGGAGCCCACUGGCAAGAAAAAGACCUGAAUGAUCCCCAGCUCGUCUCCCGGGAACACUCCCUCUUUCACGAAUGGAUGCACGUUGACUUGAUGGGGCAAGACUGGCACAUUUCGGAUCUAAAGAAUCGAGAUGUCAAGGGCGAUGGGUUUAAGCAUAGUGUCUAUGGCGCCGACCUCUGUUCCGACUAUGCGUGGAAACAUGCGGCCGAGGGAAAGGUGAACUAUGAAAUCCGAGAGAAUGCCGACAAUUAUGCGUGGGUGCUCAGCUACACUUAUUAUAACGCGGUCUUUGGAUGGGGAAUUUAA